CCAUGUAGUCCUGCGCGCGCAAACCAUUCAGAGCAUUAACAUCCUUUUUUCAUUUUCCUUCACCGAUGACAUGGUUUUCCUUAAGUUCCCUAUAUAUCACACGCCUUCUUUCAGUGGACGUCGUCGAUAGUGAAGAUCCCGCCAUACCAGAGUGGAAUUCAUCUACUCGGCGGAAGCAAUUCGGACAACCCCUAAAAGCCUUCCCGCUCCUUCGUCAUCUCAUCUCGCGUCUUUUUUCUGCCAAGGCUCAAGUCUCUAAUUCAGAGAUCCUCUUAAUCAAUGCAAAGCCUGUCGCCAUUCAGCCCUCUUCGGUGACCUCUCUUUAUAUGGGUCCAACACUGUCACCCACGCAGACGCCCAAUCAUGGCAUGGAGUGGAACACAUCUGAGUCCACCUCCACCUGGAAGCAAAUCUCUCAUCACCUUACAGGCACACCCUUCACUUCCACACUUUCUGACAGCCAAGUUGGACUCGGAUUCCGGCGGCUCUCAGAUCGACGAACCUUCAUCACCUUCCAACACUCAGCAUUGUGGACAUCAUGUGUCACCAUGGAUAACAAGCGCAUCCUGAGUGGAUGUCAGGAUAAGAUGAUCUUAGAUUGGGCAGUGCCAAAGGGUACUUUCCCAGAGAAACCAGCAUCAACGGUAUGUUCCCGUUGAUUUCCCGCCCCUUCGACAUCUCAUUCCGCAUCUUCUUGCUGUCAAGGCUCAAGUUCCUGAUUCAAAGGUACUCGAAAUCAACACAAAUACCAUCACCAUUCAGCUCUCUUCGAUUCUGAAUUCUGCAAGCGGCACCAUAGUUGCAAACCGCAGCA